AUGACCGAGACACCCGGAGCAACUGAUGUUAUUGGUGACAAACUAAUAAACGAUAAAGCAAAACCGACACCAACUAAUAAAAUUUCAAUUGGUAAAAUUGGCGGCACUUUUAAAUUGGGUCUAAAAGUGACAUACACCAGGGUCAAAGAUGAUACCAAGCCAUUCACGCCAUUGUUCACCAUUGAAAACCUAGAUCUAAAUGAUCCCUGUGUUGAUGAUGAACAUAAACCAAUCGAUUGUAAUAAUAAAACUCCUCAAUCGAAAACAGGAAAACAACUAGGUGAUUCAUUUAAGUGCAAAUGCAAGUCCGAGGAUUUCUAUUGGGAACAUACUGUCACGAAUAAAUCAGUAGUAAUGGGUUGCUUUCAAUCACCAAAGUGCUUGACAUAUGAAUGUGAUACGAAUCAACAAUGCGCACUAGAUGUUGGUGGGAAACCACACUGUGUGCCGGCUGAUGGAUAUUAUCAGCGGGAUGAAACAUCACCUAUUGUCAAAAUUGAUGCCUGUGACCUUACCCUGCUAAUCCGAGUAAUGUAAAGUGUGAACCAUUGGUUUGUAAAUCGCAAAGUUUAAAUCCUUGCCAACAGAUUUGUGUUGUUGAUGUAAAAAGUAAAACUGGCUCUAAAUGCGCUUGUCACGAAAACUAUAACAGGCUUAACAAUACUGAUUGUGAACUAAAAAAGGAUGUACCUUGCCAAUGUUCUCUGAUUAAUGGCUAUUGUGAUUCGAGCCUAAAAUGUAUAUGCCUAGAUGGCUAUAUAUUAAACACCGCCC